ACCAGAAAUAAAAGUCUCUCCCUCAGUUUCUAUUACUCAGUAACAAAGACCUUAAGAUGGAGGCGGUCAUUUCUCUUCUUGUUCUGUCAACACUGCCACAUCUUGUGGUACCACUCGUUGCGUUUGAGACCUCAUUCAGAGCUGUAGCAGAGUUGGUGUCGCAGGAUUCAAGGAUCUUCUCGGGGGAGAAUGCCCGUCUGAAAUGCAGCAUUCCCUCUAACCACAGAUCAUCCUGGCGUUUCUGGUGGUUCAAGGGAUCGGAGCAGCUUCCACAGGUUGGAGAGCACCUUGUUCUGUGGAAUACCAAGGUUAAAGACAGUGGGAAAUUUUACUGCCAGGGAGUGAGGGACACAGAUGUCGGAGACGUACUGACGUUGCAAAGUCUGCCAGUGGAGAUCAUUGUUUAUGGAGGGUGGGCUAUCCUGCAAGUCCCACCUCACCCCAGCCUUGUUGGACACACUUUAAGCGUAACAUGUCAUGUUCGACGUAAGCCCAAACUCCAGGAGGUGGUUCUGUACAAAAAUGGAUUUGAAGUUAUGAGACAAAUAGGCCCUGACCCAACUUUCCAGCUGCCUGACUUGACCCUUCAGGACGAAGGAAUGUACUCUUGCAGGGCUUCCUGGGAUGUAGAAAGACGUACACUCUCUGUGAUUUCAGCUGAAGCUCAGGUGCAGGUCUUAGAGGUUCUGUCUCAACCAUUUUUGGAGAUCGUUGCAGACAACAACCUGAUGACAGAAAGUAAGAUGAAGCUCGUCUGCCACCACCAGUACAAUGCCCCAGCUCCUGCACCUCCAAUACACUAUUACUUCUAUGAGGGUGACAACCAACUGGGAACAGCAACCUCUGAUAACCGCCAACUAGUCAAACGGACUCCGGGCCACUACAGAUGCAGGGCAAAGGUGCCUGAGUUGGGUCUAUCCCAGUGGAGUGAGUUCCAAACCUUUGGACAAGUGACAGGACCAAAGACGAUGAAGCCUCCAAUUCUCCAUCCCAGAGACCCAUGGUCUUUAGCUCCCCCGAAUACAUCCCCUGACUCCUCCCUGCCUCCUGUAGCUGAGCCAACCACAGCCCAUCUUACCCCUCAACUAUCAACAACGUCUACCUUCUCACAACCUCCUGAUGUAAGCACCCAACCCUCAAAUCCUCAGCUGAAUCUCUCACAGUCAGCACCAAGCACUCUGUCAUCUGUCCAGCCAAUCCAACCAAUGGCUAGCACCAAACCUGUCAAUGUAGUAUAUGAGGAAUCUGGUGAAAUGUCUGGAGACAUGGCCGAGGGAUCUGGGGACAUGGCUGAAGGAUCUUGGGGCAUGGCCGAGGGAUCUGGGGACAUGGCUGAGGGAUCUUGGGGCAUGCCUGAGGGAUCUGGGGACAUGCCCCAGGGGUCUGGGGACAUGGCUGAGGGUUCUGGAGACAUGCUGUAAGACUUUCCAGAUACUGUCCUAUAUUAACAAGUCCCAUGUAUCUGACCAUUGCAUGAUUUUAUUGUCCUAAAUAAUAGUAAUACUCGCCAGAUCUUGGGUUAUCUGUUAUAAAUCAUUCGUACAGGACCAAUGUGCCAAAAACACACAAUUUGAUACAUGUAUAACUGGGUAUUAUAGGUAUUUAACCAGACCACAAGUGCCUCUGUAAUGUUUUUUUGGAGUUGGAGAUGGGGUCUCAUCUGUCAUAACUAACUGCAUCAGUAUUGUUUGUGAUAAUAACCUGUGAAGCUUUGGUUAUAACAAAUAAAGCAUGCAAUAAAUUAUACAUGUACUGAAA